AUGAGUACACCACUUGGAUAUAAUUUGCUGAUAGAAAAUUAUUCAAGCGAAAUAAUAAAAUGCAUAGAAAAUUCUAAACAUGUGCUUAUUAAAGGACCUACAGGAUGUGGAAAAUCUACCUAUAUUCCUUUAUUACUAAAUAAUAAUAAACAUAAAAUUGCUGUUAUAGAACCAAGAAGAAUAGCUGUUAUGUCUUUAUAUUCUACACUUUUUAAAGUUACAAAGAAUGUUGGUUAUAAAAUGCGAUUUAAUAAAAAAAUUAAACACGAUGAUAAAAUUAUUAUUUUCACUGAUGGUGCUUUUUUACACGAAGGAAUAGAUUCUAAUUAUGAUUACAUCAUUUUAGAUGAAGUCCACGAAAGAUCUAUAAGAAUGGAUAUGAUACUUUGUUUGUUAAAACAAACAAAAUCCAAAGUAAUUUUAAUGAGUGCUACAGUUGAUACAAAAAGAAUUAUGAAUUAUUUUGAUGCAAAACUUUUUGAAAUUCCAGGAGAAUCCUAUCCUUGCGAUAUUAUAUAUUCUGAAUCUUCUGUUAGUGAUUAUAUUUUAGAAUCAUACAAUAUUAUUAAAGAAAUAGUAAUGAGUAAGGAUGUAAAAAACUUAUCUAGGAAUAAUAGCAUAGCUUGGCUAGACAAGUCGAAUAAAAAUAAAGAUUGUUAUACAAUUAAUAACAAUAGAGAUAUUUUGGUUUUUUUAACGGGAGAAGAAGAUAUUAACGAUUUGUUUGUUUUACUAAAAAAAAUACUAGAUAUUAAAGUUUAUAAAAUUUUUUCAAGUUUAAAUGAUGAAGAACAAUUAAAAAUUUACCAAAAGUCUACCAUUCGAAAAGUUAUUUUGAGUACAAAUAUUUGCGAGACCUCCUUAACUAUUCCCGGCAUAAAAUACGUUAUAGAUUGCGGUCUUGUUAAAAAUAAAAUUUUUGAUGGUAUUAAUUAUUUUGGAAUAGUGCCUAUUUCUAAAGAAUCGGCAGAUCAGAGACUGGGUAGAUGUAAUAGAAUAGGGCCCGGUAUAUGUUAUAGAUUAUUUACCGAAGAAAUGUAUAAUAAUUUAUCUAAUUUGACACCAGAGAUAUUAAUAGCAAAUUUAUCUAAACCUAUUCUUCAGCUUAUACAUAAAAAAAUAGAUAUUUUUAACUUUUCUUUUUUAGAUUAUCCUACACAACUUAAUGUAUUUAGAUCCUUAGAAUUUUUAUACAAUAAAAAGCUUAUUAAUGAAAAUAUGCAAAUUACCAAGCAAGGGAUAAGAAUUUUAAGAUAUCCUUUUGAACUUAAUUUAAGUUGUUUUUAUGAUGACUGUAUAAAUAGUGGACUAGGAUACUAUGGUUCUAUGCUUGUUUCAAUGAUAAGUAUCGACAAUUAUAAUUUUAUAAAAAAUUUAGAUAUGGUACAAGGUAAAAAUAUAGACAAAGAGAUGUUUACAACUGAUAUCAAAUAUUUAAUUAAUAUUUUUUCUAAUUUUUUGAACGCUAAGGAUAAAAAAGAGUUUUGUAAGAUUAAUGAAAUUUCUUUAAAGAAUCUUGAUAAAGCGUAUAAAAUAUUUAAAGGACUCAAUAAAAACAAAAAUGGCAAUGUUGACUUAUUAGAAAAAAUUUUUAGUAAAUCAUUUGACUAUAAUUUGUCAGUUAGAGAACAAGAUGGUUCUUAUAAGCAUGUUGCAUCGGGUAGAAAAUUAUAUAUUCAUCCUACAAGUAAUUUUUUUAAGAAAAAUAUUAAAAAAAUAGUAUUUGUAGAUGUUUUAUGUACCACUAAAGAAUACGUUAGAAUUGUAGGUAAAUAUUUAUAA